CCAUCCCCCCUCCCUCCCUCCUCAGUUCUCACCCCCCCAGUCCCCUCGCGAAACCCUAACUACCUCCUCCCUCCCCCCCAUCCCUUCGGGUAGAUCCUCGCGAGGCCCCUCUCGGCUGGGGCGGCGCCGGGCGCGCCCCUCCGCUGGCCCCGCUGAUGGCGUCGGACGGCGCGCAGAUGGAGGUGGAGCGGCGGCUCCGCGACAUCGGCGCCCGCUUCGACUCGCUCCCGGGCGACAACGAGGAGCUUCUCAGGUUAAUCGAGGAGGCAGAAACCUGGUUGUCCAGGGUUGACCAGUCGCCGCCCGAGAGCAUGCACAAGGCUCUUCGUCCCACAAUGAGCGCGUUGAUUAACAAAGAGUUACUGGAUCACAGUGACCCCGAUGUAAAGCUUGCUGUUGCCUCCUGUUUAACGGAGGUUACCAGGAUCACCGCUCCAGAGGCUCCCUAUGAUGAUGACGUGAUGAAGGAUGUAUUUACCAGAGUUAUUGAGGCCUUUGAAAAGUUGGAUGAUAUGGAAAGCCCCUCCUAUGCAAGGAGGGUUGCGAUGCUUGAAACUGUUGCAAAGGUCCGGAGUUGUGUCCUGAUGUUAGAUCUUGACUGCGACGAUCUGAUACGGGACAUGUUUCACCACUUCUUCAGAACCAUAUCCCAUACUCAUCAAGAGAAUGUCAUCACCUCCAUGGAAACUGUGAUGAAGUUUGUAAUUGAUGAGAGCGAGGAUGUACAUCCAGAUAUGCCAUCCUGCCUGCUUCAAGAUCUAGCAUCUUACCUUUUGAAGAGUGUUAAAAAGGAAGAAAAAGAAACCCUUCCAGCAUCAUUUGGACUUGCAGAGAAGGUAAUUGAUAUGUGUCAUGAAAAGUUAAAGCCAGUGUUUAUUCCCUUACUUCGGGGCACUCCCUUAGAUGAGUACAGCAAAGUUGUUACAUCAUUGUUCGAAGAUGUUUUAGAUGCUGGAGUAGCCGACAGUGCUGAUGCUCCUGGAAAGGACACGGUGGCUGACAAAAAAUCAUCUCUUAAGUUAAUUUCGGAUAAGUCACCUCAGGAAUCUUCUAAGUCAGAUCAAGAUGCCAAUUGCCCUGGAAAAGACAGAACUCCAAACAAUACUUCCACAUCGGUGGUAAGCAAUGGUGGUGCUUUAGUAGACAGGGUCAAGUCUCCAAAUGGACCAUCUUCUUCUGAUAAGAAUCUUGAACUGCCUUCUGAUGACAAGCAGGCAAAAGACUCUGAUGAUUUGGUUUCUGGUGCUAAAGAAGUACAGGAACCAAUCACCACUGAGCCUGAAAAACCAAAACCAUCUGAUCAUAAUUUAAAGAAAAGUCAUAAACUUGAUUCUUCCACUGAUUCUGAAGUGGCCGAUCAUUCUAAGGCUGUUAACAGCAAUGAGGAUAUUUUAGCCUCCGGGGAGUUAUCCCCAGAGAGAAAUGAUGGUGAUAAUAAGCUGCCAUCAGAGACUGAAAACAGAACUGCUGAUGACAAAUCAAAACCUGUUGAUGACACACCUAUGGUCAAGGCAAAGCGAGGCCGUCCUGCUGUACCAAAGUUGCAGGAGAAGAAGACUGCUGGAAAAGGCAAAGAAUCAAGUUUAGAGUCUAAAAAGGCUGACACAGUUAGCAAUUCUGGUGGAAGGACUACAAGGCGAUUGGCUAAAGAUGAUACCAAGUCUUCGUCAAAAAAGACUGGUGAGGGGGAAUCUUCGAAGAAGCAGCAGAAGGAAAAUUCGAAAGUGCAGGAAGAUACCUCACCUGAUGACGGCACUGAUGAGGAUCUCAGUUUAAAGGACAUCGUGUCCCCCAAGGCUUCAAUCAAGACGGGUAAAAACAAGGGCCAGCCAGGUGACAGUGCGGGUUCAAAAAGGAAGCGUGUACAGGAAGCUGAAGAGACUCCCCAGCCCAAGAAGAACACAAUUCUAGAUGGAAGUCUUAUUGGCUCAAGAAUCAAAGUAUGGUGGCCUGAUGACAAAAAGUUCUAUAAAGGUGUUGUUAAAUCAUUUGAUGUUACUUCAAAAAAGCACAAGGUUGUGUAUGAUGAUGGUGACAUUGAACGAUUACAGCUUAAGAAAGAAAAAUGGGAAUUUCUUGAUGAGGGUCAAGACAAUAAUCCUGAUGCAUCUUCUGAUAUGCCACGUGGCAGAAGAGGUAGAGUCAGUUCGGGUGAGCAAACAAAGCAAGGAAAAGAAACACCCAGCAGUGGGAAGCAACUUGGCACUGAUGGGACCGAUCCUCCCAAGAAAAGAGGACGCCCAAAAGCUGUGCGUUCCGGCAAUAGUUCGCCAAAUGAUGACAGUCCGUUGAGUUCAACCAGACUGAAGGGGAAAAAUGCAGAAAAAGAUGAAGAUGUACCGAAGACACCUAAAACUGGCAGUACCCUCAAGAAUGAAGGUGGAAGAUCAUCUCGACCCACUGGCAAUACAAAGGAUGGCCUGCUAAAGUCAAGCACCAAGGAUGAGACUGGUAGCACUAAAAGUGCAAACAAAUCGAAAAAUGUUACUGGCAGCAAACACAAGGAUUCAAAGGAAGCUAAAUCCAGUGAAUCAAAUCCAAAAGGUGCAAGCACUGCCAAAUCUGCUGAUAGGUCCAAGACAAACGGUCUUUCAACCAAAAGAAAGCAAAAGGAGAAAGAAGUCGAGUCAUCUGAAGAGGAAGAGGUGUCUGCUAAAAUUUCUACUGGAAAGAAGCGCAGAAGGAAGGCUCAUAACUGAUUGCUCUGGUCUGUGCAGUUCUUCCAAUGGGUAUUUGUGAGACGCAGUCAAGGUUUUUGGUAUGAGCAACCUAGCUUGUAGUAUAUGGCUUCCAAUCCUUGGCUGGUUGCGGGUUGCCUGCUCAGUCUUGUCCUGAUCGACCCUCACGAAACAACUGGUAGUUGUAGCAGUUGCAGUGGUAGUUGUAAUGUAGGUGUUACUUUUUUUCCCCCUUGUGGUCAGCUGUGCAUGCCUCUAGCAAAUGUGGAUUUCAUGCUUGCUGUGUUUCCAUCCUAAUUAGAUUGUAUUUUGUGCUGGAGAUAUUUGAGACGUCAAUUUUGCAGCAAGAAUGAAUGGAGAAAUGUGGAAGUUCAUAUCA